ACUUUAUUCCAAAGGGGAGACAUAACUUCAGAGCCGAAUGCAAACACAAGUGUCGCUGGAUAAGUGGCGCUAUCAGCACCGCGUGAAGGACGCGGUUUGCCACAGUUACAAUUUGCAGCGGGACUUCCCCGUGGAUCUGCUCAAACCUCCGCUAGACGACCAGGCGUUCUACACGGGAGUGUCAGUGCGUCUGGAGGUCUCAGAUCCGGAACAGAUCAGCUUUGACAAGUUCCGAAGGCGUUUAGAGGAAUUUGACGGCGAGGGGUAUCGUCAUUCGCCCAAGAAGAAGCAGAAGGUGGUCUUUGAGAAGGUGGACCACGUCCGCGAGCAGAGAUCGCGUAACCAGGCCAUUUGGAGGAGGGUACAGAACGAACUCGAUGACAAUAGAGACCGUCGUCGUAUUGGCAACAUAGCUAGGAUUGGAAUGAUGGCAACGCGACCGAUUAACGAAGAGCACAAGCAUCCCAAGAGUUCCAAGGACGAGGACGUUGGGACUGCCAGUGACAAUGAGACAAAGGAGGACACUGAGGCAUUGAAAUCUACCAACGAGGAUAAGAAGAUUGUGAUGCCAUUGUCGACUGCCGCUAAUGGUAGCAAGGAUGAAACUAGCAUCACGGCGAAGUCUCGCGAAGAAGAAAUUGCAGAGUUGGAGGAGAUACUCCGAGCUCAGCAUUUGUCGCGCACGUCGAAGGCAGAUCUACUGUUCUACAACCGUCUUGCGGAGCGGGAGGCAAAUACGAUUUUGGAGGAAGUGCUACUUGAAGAUAUAUACGAUAUUGCCGAAGAUGUGUUUGAUGAAGAAGAAGAGAAGUCUCGCAACAAAGAGCUACCACCAGAGCUCCUGGAGAUUGUCGAGAACGCAUUGCAUGAAGGUCCCAUGGAGGAGGUCCUCAUCAAUAAAUACAACGUGGACAUCACACGUCGUCAUCUGCAGUGCAUGCUGCCGGGAACGUGGUUGAACGAUGAGGUGAUUAACUUUUAUUUCCAGAUGCUAAGUGAUCGUGAUGAAGCUCUUGUCAAGGCUGGUGUUCUGCCAAAGCGCAGUCACUUUUUCAACUCUUUCUUCUAUACGAAGGUGUCGGAGAAUGGCUACAACUUCAUCAACGUCCGCCGAUGGACACGGAAGAUCGACCUGUUUGCAAUGGACAAGAUUUUCAUGCCAGUGAAUGUUGGCAAUAUGCACUGGUGCAUGGCUGUCAUCCACAUGACAGAAAAGCGCAUUCAGUACUACGAUUCAAUGCACGGAAGCGGCGCUGCAUGUCUUAAAGUGCUCCUUAGAUACUUACACGACGAGUCCGAGCACAAGAAGAAGCAAAAAUUCAACGACGAAGGGUGGGAGCUGGUGACCACCACUCCUGACACGCCUCAGCAGAACAACGGAUCCGAUUGCGGCGUCUUCUCGUGCAUGUUUGCCGACUAUCUCUCUCUGAACAAGCCGCUGUCGUUCGUGCAAAAGGACAUUCCGUUCCACCGGCAUCGCAUGGUUCUCCAUGUUAGCCGAGGCUACAUUCCACUCGAAGAGGAAGGGCUAUAGACGACGUUAGUGCCGAUACGUAACAUCGUUCAGUGAUGCUAGAGCAGCACAAGAGCCAGCAGAGCCCAAACGAACCAACCAACAAAACUUCCUUGUGCUUUAUCACGAGCAGCAGCCGCUCUGUUGCAUUAUUAUUAACGCUUGUUGUCGCUCGCGUGUUUUUCAUAUAUACGUGCAGCAGGAUGUCUGCGCG